UCGAGCAACAGAGUACCGAGUAUAAAAGCAACAAACUCACACACGAUUUGUAACAGUUUCGUUUGUGGCGUUGUGGAAUUAACACAGUCGAUUAAGCAAUUUCCAGACGAUAAUUAUCAUCAACCGUAAUAUGAGUGGUUCAGGUAAAAGUAUCUUGGGACUUUGGCUCUACCGCAGUGGCGAACAAGAGUGGGCAGUGAAACAAGGGAGUCCAUUGCAUAAACGAAGAAAUCAUUUGGCCAACGAAAAAGCUCAAAGGGAAAUCAAGGGCACUGAAACCACAACGUCCAGUGACAAAACAUCCAUCAUUUUCACGUUAAAAAAUCAGGUUGGUGGCCUAGCGCGUGCUUUGCAAGUAUUUCAGGAACUUGGCAUUAACGUUUUACAUUUGGAACUGCAAAAUGCUGACCCGUCUGUGGCGCAGGCCGAUGUACUGGUCGAUAUUGAAUGCGAUGCAAAGCAUCUGGAUAAAGUCAUUCACAUGCUGCAACGUGAAGUUCAAUCUGUGAGUUAUGCAUCGGCACAGAUUACUGGCGAUUAUCCGCCGCCGACACCACUUUCGGCUUGUUCCAGUUUUGAUUUCGGUGAGAUGCAUUGGUUCCCGCGGAAGAUAUCGGAUCUAGACAAUGCCCAAAAUGUUCUGAUGUAUGGAUCGGCACUGGACGCAGAUCAUCCGGGCUUCAAAGAUCCUGUUUAUCGCAAAAGACGAGAGCAAUUUACCGCAAUCGCCAAUUCGUACAAAUAUGGCAAUCCAAUACCGAGAAUGCAGUACACUCCCGAGGAAAUAAAAACGUGGGGCAUCGUGUUUCGCAAGCUUCAUGAACUUUAUGUGAAAUAUGCCGUUCCUGAGUACAUGGAAAAUUGGCCCCAAUUGGUCAAAUAUUGUGGCUAUCGGGAGGACAAUUUGCCGCAGUUACAGGACGUCAGCAGCUUCUUGAAACGGAAAACUGGUUUCCAGUUACGACCCGUAGCUGGUUACUUGUCACCGAGAGAUUUCCUAUCUGGUCUGGCUUUUCGUGUGUUCCACUGCACUCAGUACAUUCGACAUUCUUCCGAUCCGUUUUACACCCCGGAACCGGAUUGUUGCCACGAAUUACUAGGACAUAUGCCGCUGUUGGCCAACCCGAGUUUUGCCCAAUUCUCACAAGAAAUCGGUCUAGCUUCGUUAGGAGCAUCAGAUGAAGAUAUCGAUAAAAUUGCAACGCUGUACUUCUUUACCGUCGAGUUCGGAUUGUGUCGCCAAACGGACGGUUCUUUCCGAGUGUACGGAGCUGGUCUGCUCUCGUCAGUUGCUGAACUUCAACACGCCAUAACUGCAACCGAAAAGAUAAAACGCUUCGAUCCAGACACCACAUGUCGUGAGGAAUGCAUUAUUACGGCAUACCAGAAUGCGUACUACUACACCGACUCAUUCGAAGAAGCCAAAGAUCAAAUGAGGCGAUUCGCUGAGAGUAUCCAUCGACCGUUUGGCGUACGCUACAAUCCAUACACACAAAGCGUUGAGGUACUGUCGACGGCACAACGAAUCACCGCAGUGGUAUCCGAGCUACGCGGUGAUUUAAGCAUCGUGUCAUCAGCUUUAAAGAAAGUUUCGGCUCUCGAUCACAAUUUGGACGUGGAGAAAUUGUCACAGAUGUUAAAUGCGGGACUGCUGGGAGAUAAGAGCCCGAUGAUAAGUCCAAUGAUCAGUCCGGAACAUACGGACAAGUCUCUGGAAAAUGGCGUUGCUAAGUGAUUUGUUUUGGCGGAUCACCGUCGCAUUUUUUGAAUGUAAUUACCAAAAAUCUGUUAGUUGUGCACCAGUGACCAAUCAGUAUGAUGUUCAUGUUAUAGAUGCAAAAGAGUAUAAAUGUAAAUAAUAAAGAAAUUAUUUGGAGUCUA